AUGCCUCGCGCCCUGCCCGCCGAGCUCACCGACUUCAUCAUCGGGUUUCAUUGGGACGACCCGCUAACCCUGUGGAGCUGCGCGCUGACGUGCCGGACAUGGCGGUCUGCGAGCGAAUACCAUCUCAAUGCUUACCAUGCACUGGACAUCAAAAGCGUCACGGAUCUGACCCUGCUGUCGAAACGUUUCGCUCGGCCCGAAAGCAGGCGGUUCUACCGUGAUAUCAGGGAGAUGAACAUCCUGGAGAGCCAUGAAAGACCCUUUGUACACAUCGUGCCGCUGUGCAUCCCGGGAUCAUUCGUGCCGAGGCUGGACACCCUAAGAAUAUGGUCCUUGAGACGGCAGGGGCUUUCAACUGGCAACCAGUGGCACCGCAGUUUUUUCAGCCUCCUUUCGGCGUACAAAUCGGUGACGUACUUGGCUUUGACCAGCAGUCAAUUCCACAAUGUGGAGGAGCUACGACGGAUCAUCAAAGUGCUUCCAGCACUUGAAGAGAUCGAACUAACGGGUGUAGACUUUCCUCAUCCUCCCCCGAGCCUGGCUACUCGGCUAGAAUUUGGUCGCCCGUUAUCCCAGGAAAACAUGUAUAUGGCUCGUUUCCCUAUCUUCCAACUCAGAGUUCUGCACACCAUCCCGAGCGUGCCUCCUGAUGUCGCAGACCAGUGGUAUCGCCGACUCCAAUUGGAUGUUGAUGGGAAGGAUGACUGGAUACAUCGUUGUCUUCUCCCAAAAGCCGUUUCUGAUACCUCUGCAGACGGCGCUGCGAAUCGGCUAACACACAGCAUGCACCUGGAAGAGGUUGAAUACCAGAUACACGUCGGGAGGGACUACAACGAUCUCUCUUUGACAGUCCAGACCAUCGUGGCCAUGCUGUCUCGAGGCGUAGGCCAAUACGUCAGCAAAUUAUGUGUCUCGGUAUGGUUCCUGAAGGAAGACUUCCUGCCGUAUCCAGACGACUCUAGGAGUGUCGUUCCGCAUCCGCUCUCGCGCGAAGCAGCACUCGUGCGCGGCGCACUGCCGCAGGUACGGAAAGUCAGUCUGGACAUCCGAAAUCUUCGCAUCGGCCCGGGACAGAACGUGCCAACACCUGUUACCAGCGCAGCGGCUAGGAUCAUCCCGCCGUUGUUCCUGCAUUGGGCUACCAGUGGCAGGCUUUCGGUUAGAUAUCCGACGUUCGACGGGCAAGAGGAUAGUCAACCACGCGAAAACACCGACUGA